CUCUAGUGUAAUUUUCAAAUAAUGAUAUUGUACACAUUUCAUUGAAAUAAUUUAUUUUAGUCCAUACAUCAAUAAUGUGCAUUAGACCCUAGGUUUUUAGAUUUAUCUAUUAUAAUAGUGGUCAUGUAGGGUUCAUAAUGAUUAAUGUAGAAUUAAACGACAGAAUAAGUUACAUACAAACUAAUUAAAUUACGAUUUAAGAUAAACGUAUUAAAAAACACGUGAUUUGUGAUUAUGAUGAUAAGAUUGUUAAGAAGAUUUGAAAAUAUCUUCAUUGAUAUAAAGAAUUAUGAAUUAAAUUGUUAUUUUACUUUAUAAGCUUGUAAUAACCAAAAAUUUUAAUUUUAAUUUGAUUGAAGAUAUGCUUUAGUAUCAUGGAAGAAAUUACAGUUCUACAAUCAAUGUUAAAAAUUUUGGAUGGUAAAAGUUCUAUGAAAAAAACUAUUAUAGAACUCUUACCAACAUUAUUAAAUAGUUUUGAAUUAAAUAAAGAAUCUGAUAUUUAUAAAUUAAUUAUUCAAUACUCACAAGUUAUUUGUAAACAAUUAAUAUAUAGUCAAGAUGAUACUUUAUCAGAAAGUUUAAAAUUGCUGUUGGUUUCAUUUAUUGAUAUAGUGCAAACAUGUAAUAUUAGUGACAUAACAUUACUUUUAAACAAUUGUAUUAAGUUAUGCAGUGCUCUUAAUUUAAAAACCUGUAGGGAUGAACAAUUAGAGAAUAGUUUGUUUUGUACUGAAAACUUGUAUAAAUUAAGUAAAGUUCAAUCUGACCAGUGUGUACAAUUAAAUAACUUAAUAGAUAUUUUAAUAGAUAUUUUAUUUGAAUCAAGCUUAAAUAAAACUCGCCUAGAAAGUAUUUUGAAAUAUUUAUCUAAUGUUAUGUCACCUUAUUGUGCAAAUGUGAUGUGGUACAAAGCUAAAUCAGUGAUUGGAACAAAUCCAGAACGCAUUUUAACAAUAUUAUACAACUUGCAGUGUUCGUUACUUCAACCAUCAUGUGCUACUACUUUGUUAAAAGAUAAGGAUUAUUGGGAUUUUAUUUGUAUCUUUUUAACAUAUGAAAAUUCUAUUAUAAGGGGAUAUGCUAAUACACUUCUUGGAGCAUCAUGUAUAGAAUUUUUAGAUGAAAACUAUUUAUAUAGUGCAAAUACAAAUAAGAAUGAUUUCAGACAAAUAUGGAACGAUUAUGUUAUAGUUAUGGAAACUUUAGAAAACACUCAACAACAUUUAGUUUUGCCUAUACUAAAUACUGCCAAAAAAAUUGCUUUAUCAUAUGAAAAUUCUGAAUCUGACAUUUAUUCUUAUAAACUACCAUUAAAUUGGAUUUUAGCAUUGUACAAUAAAAUGACAAAGCAUACAUCCAAGCAUGUAGUAUUGGUUAGUAUAGACAUUAUCACUAAUAUGUCUAACUCAUUAAUUAAAAAAGAAGAACAAUUUUUACAAUUGUUUGUUAUAUCUUUGAACAAUAUUUUUCUGUAUAAGAUGUCAAAUGAUGUAUAUUUAGUUACGCCAAAAUUAGAAAUGAAACUAACUAGAUGGCUAAAUACAUUGAUGAGUUCUGAUGAUGGAAAAUGUGUGUUUGAAUACUUUUUGUUUUACUUACCAUCAGUUAAAUGGUCCUUAGUUCCCUUAGUUUAUAUAACUAAAUCACUUUCAAAUAUCAAGGAUGUUUCAUCAUGCCAAAAUGUCGUAGAUCAAGUUUUAAAAAUGCUUGUAAUUACCGAAGAAAUGCCAAACUCUUAUUUAAAAACAACAAUCUAUUCAUUUCUAUUUGUAUUUAUUAGCAAAUUUUUUUCAUUUCCUAAUACUUAUUUACUUUGUGAUUUAUUCAAAUAUAUUGUAAUGUAUAAUAAAAACACCGAAUCGUGGAAAUUAAUUGUCAAUUCAAUGAAACAUAUUGCUAAUUUAGAAAAAAUUGAUCAACAAUUAUCAAAAAACAUAACUGAAUUCAAAAGCAUAUCAGCAACUACUACUGGAUUAGUAAUUUUAUCUGAUAUUUUUGGAGAUAACAUAAAAUGUAUGGAUUAUUUAAAUAAUACACUGUCUAAUGUUGAAAAUAUUUCUAUUUAUUUGUUAGAAUUUUUAGAAAACUUAUUAAAAAAGGAAUAUGAGCAUGGAGGCUAUGACGAAUAUUUAAAAAAAAUAUUAGACGAAAAUAUUUGGCGUUUAACUCUGAUUUGGAUUAAUCAAUGUUUUUUAAAUGAAGAUUAUAUGGAUAAUCUAAUUAUUUUUAACUAUCUUAAUAGGACAUUGUCAUCAAAUAGGAUACCUCAUACUUUGGUGACUUUUGAACUAAUGAUUAUUUGGUUAAAUAAAUGUUAUCUCAUGUUUGAAAACAAGACAGGUAGUUUUACAAUUUUAGCUAUUUAUAGUUGGAUUGGGUUAUUUGCCAUAAAGAUUUCUGAAAACUCCUUAAAAAGUGCCUGGAUUCUGGCUACAAAUAAUUUAUUUAAGAAUGGUUAUUUUUCACCUUUUGGUAAAUUAUUUUAUCAUUCAUCAAAACUGGGAUCACAUAUAAUUCCACAAUUAACAAUAAUUAAUACUUAUUUUCAACUUUGUUCUAAUGUUUCUGAAUUAAAUAUGGAAAACUUGUUUAAUUGGAUUAGAGAAAAAAAUUUAGAAAAACGAGACAACUUUUAUAAUACUUAUUUAAAAGCAGCGAUACACUGUUUGAGAAAUCUUUCUACAGAGACUCAUAAUGAGCAAAUCAUACUAUUUGUAGAGUCUUGCUGGGAAUUUUUAACUUCCUGUAGGAUAUCAUGUUUUCCAUUAUCAACCAAAAUUUUCAUAAUAAUGGCUUUUGAUGACCACUUGCUUAGAGACAAGAAAUAUUCUGAUUUUCUUUGUAACCAGGUUAUGCAACCGUUAUUAACUAAAAAAUAUCGUGACAAAUUUAGUGUUUGUUUUUCAUUGUAUUUAAUUGAUUAUAUUUUGCAAAAUAAAAUUGAAAUAAAUAAUUAUCCUAAUUUUACCUCUUCACUAUCCCAAUUUUUAGCUAAAUGUGUUAUAUACAAUAUUGAACGUUAUGGAGCAAUUAAAAUUGAAUGGGAUACAUUUGAAUAUAUACGCUCAUGUAGUGAUUUACCAACCAUCAAAAGUAUUUCAACUAAGUUUUUACCUGAUGAUCGCUGUUUGCGUUUUAUUUCAAUUGUGUGUUUGUUCAAAAUUAAUAAUGUUGAUUUAUGGAAAGAUGUUAUAGAAAGAAUUCUUCAACUAGAAUCAUCAUUUCCAAAUAGAAAAUAUUUUCAUAAUUCUGAGUUUUCGAAGAUUAAGCAAAGAGUUACUCAGUUUUUACUUAUUACACUGUGUAAUGAACAUUUUGAGUUUAUUAAUAUUUUGAAUAAUAAUGUUUAUCAAUGGUUACUCUCAAGUUUGAAAGAAGUAUCUCAUAUUCAUAGCAUUGCAUAUCAAAUAAUAUGGUUGCUAGUUUUAAUUUAUAACAUGAAUAUAGACAUAUCAAAAAAUUUGUGGAAUGACUUUAAAAAUGCAUAUGGAAAUCAGAAUUAUUUGUGUAGUUUUAUAUCUGUUGUUUAUCAUUUACAUACAGUUUGUAAAAAUGAAAUAUUUACAAAUGAAGCUAUUAAAUUUCUCAUACCUCUUUGCUUUUCAAAUGGUUAUAAAAUUCGAUUUUAUGCCCAAGUGACUGUUAAUAAUUUAUGUUCUUAUUGUGAUGGAAAAUAUACAAUAUUGUCAGAAUCUAUUGAAAAAGUAAUAUUUGAAAAUGAACAAGCUAAAAAAUAUGACAAUCCUUUUAAAGAUUUUUUCUAUCAAAAUCUAGAUGUAUUAAAAUCACUAUCAUUAAAAAAUAUAUGUAUAGAAUUACCUAGAUUGUGUAAUGUAGUGUAUGAUGAGAGAUUUCCAUUAGAAUGGAUUGAGAAUUUUCCUAUUCGUACUAAAUUCAAUGAAGGUUAUGAUCUUUCAACAUGUUCCAUUUCAUUAUUUAUUGAAAAAAAUACUACCUCAGGUAUGGCAAAUGAAAUAACUAUACCUGGUAAUACACAUCAUGCUCAAAGAAAAUAUAUACCUGUAAAAUCUCAUGAUGAUAAAACAAAAAAAUCUUCUUUGAUAGUUGUUGCCUCUUUAAUUGAAAAAUUAACUAAUUUGGGUGGCUUAGCCAGAACUUGUCAAGUUUUUGGAGUUUCAACCUUGAUAGUUGACAAUAUUACUUGUAUUGAAAAAAGAGAGUUUACAGCUUUAAGCAUGACAGCUGAAAAACAUCAAAAUAUUGUAGAGGUAUUUUAAAAUAAUAGCUGAAUGUUCCUCUAAAAGAAAUUCAUGAUUCUAUGUCAAUUUUAAAAGAACAAGAAACACUAUUAUAUAUUAUAUAUUGAAUAAGCUACAGAUAGAAGCCAGUGCCAAUCUAUUUGGCUGCCAUUAUGUAAAACAUGUAAAAUCAAAUGUCACUAAGUUUUUAAUUGACAGAUAUUAGUCUGUUAAACUUUUUUCUUUUGCUCUUUUUAUCAUAAUUUUAGAAAGUGACAAGCAUUUACAUUAAUAUUUUACCCUUUAUUUUUCGGCUAUUUUUAUUCUCAAAUCAUCUUGAGCACUUAACCAGUACGGAUCUGAUACUAUUCAUGAAAUAAUGUAACAUUAAUGUAUAAAAUGUUACAAAUACUAUAAUUUGAUUUUCAUU